CAACAGACUCUCGUGCGGUUCGGUUCUUAAGCCCUCAGCCUCAAGGAUCUCGGUGUACACAGUUCACAAUUGUUGUCACUGUUUUCAAGUUCACACCAAGUCGCAGGUAAACGGUUCACAAUCGGUUCGUUUUCGAAACUUUUCAAAAGUUUUGUCCGAAUAAAUCAACUCUUUUUUUUUGGUUUUUGUGCUAAGAAAGCAAAUAGAAAUUUGAAUAUUCCAAGAGAAAGGAGCAAAAGAUGUUUUGGCCAAAAUAAAGCCAAAAAAAAUUUUGAAAACCCCCAUUCAUCAAAAAAUCAAGUGAAAGUGUGUGUAUUUCGAUAUUUUAUUUUUAUUUUUUUCGGAGGCUAUCAAAGCAAACAAAAUAAUAAAUAAAUAAGAGAAAGAAGGAAGCCCCAAAGUUGGAGGAUUAAGCGCCAAAUAAAUAGGCAGAGAAAAAACAAACCAAAGUCAAAGAUACGAUAGAGUAUAUCUUUCCAAGAUGCGUCGCUCGUCGUUUACGCCCGUCUUCAACCUGAGCACCCAGGAGCCGCUGAUUGUCGUCGAGGAAUCGCACACGGCUGAGGACGGCGACGAGCUGGAGGGAGCUGCUGGCGGAUGCGACCCAAAUGCGACCGGCGGUACUAAGCGCACGAACAGCGACGACUCGGAGCCGGACUCGCCGGUGAAUCCGUACCUGCUCUGCCCGUUUCCGGACAUGCAGCAGCGCCGGAAGCACUCGCUGCCCUCGCUCCAGAUCACCGAGGGCAUCACCGCCAGCCAGGUGCGUCGCCUAUCGGAGGUCGGUGGCGAGACCGGCGGUCUCAGUCCCAAGGAGGUCGAGUUCCUAGCAACUCUCUCCCAGAAGGCCAAUCCGACGGCCGGCGGACGACGUCACUCGGUGGUCACCAUUUCGGCUGUACCGCCCACGCUCUUCGGCCGCAAUCGCCGCGAGUCUAUUUCCGGUGUUUCAUUCAGUGGAAGCCGCCGUGGUAGCGGAAUUGCCGGACCACCGCUGACGGACCAUCGCGGCAGCAUCCAUAACUUGCAGCUGGACAUCAUGGACGGAAUCGUGCAACAGCGCAAGACACGCAGCGGCAGCGGCGUCUGGACAGCGCCCGUGUUGCAGGAGGCCGACAGCAACGUUCCGGUCCAGACAUAAGCGACGCAACAAGGAUAAUCCCAAAAGAUAGUGGGGACCGAUAUGGGGGGGGGAAAAAAAAAGGAUGUACUGGAAGGAGAUUGUUUGAAUUUCGUUACGGACAUUUCUUUUUUGCUUUUGGACUUGUUUCGGCGAGAAUGAGGAAAAAUGCCAAAGAGGAAAUUACGGAACGAGAUCGGCAACUGAAGAACUCAAAACACACUUCUGAGCAAUUGAAACAAAAGGAAAAAAAUGGAUAGAAAAACGACAAAAAAAGAAGAUACAAUUGGACUGCGUAUUCCUAGGAAGACAACAAGAAAAAUUGGAAUACGCAGGACAUCUCUAUUAUCAGUUCCCCACUCACACGCUUUACCUUUAACCUUCUUCCGCUUUCACCAUCGUUUGCACCGCCACUUCCGCUUCUUCCUGCCGGGAAAUUGCUUUU